CCUCCCUUGGCAGCGUUUGUUUACUGCCUGCGAGAAGAAAAAAAAAAGGAAAACGACAGCCAGCCACACACACAUCCUGGGAGACAAUCUACCUCCUCUGUCUGUGCAAUAAGAAAGAUUUAAAAAGCUCCAUAAUAGCUCGGAACCAGUCGGACUUUGCUCCAGUGUAGCCUGCCUGCCAUUUUCAAACAGCCAACGUGUGACGUUCACGUGAAAAGCAAACAAGCGUGGAGCUGCCUUUACUGUCGCGUGGAGCUGCAGGAAAAACUCGACAAUCUCAGCGCUGGAGCUCAACUCGGAGUUCGGAGUAAAAACGACGCACUUUGUGGACUCUUUUGGGUUUUUUGCCAUGUUUUGGCCAACGCUUGACGCGCAUUUAGAGGACGAUUUGAUUUUUGGUCAAAUUUACGCGAGCGAAAAGCCACGCGUGUCAUCAGCAAGCUGGACUCACAGCGGCUAAACGGUACCGAAUUGCGUGAAAUGUUUAUUGUUAAUCGUUUAAAUAGCUGUGGAUGUAACAGUCUUUCUUGGAAGGGCGCUGAGUGAACGUGACACCAACUUGAACGUGUGUGGCCUGGUUUAUUGGGCUUGGCUUCUUUUGACAGCUAGCUUGCUAACGUUAGCUCCCAGGGAGAGUCGUUUUCGGGCUCACUGAGUCGUAAACCCGCUUGAAGUGCCACGACUCGGCUUUAACAUUAGCUUAGCUUUAGCCGCGGUAGCUUGAGUGAACAGUGAACACGUUGGACUCGUUCCUCCUCCCGUCUUCCGGGAUGUCGUUUAUUCAUUGUUGUUUACUUGCUGGCUCACAACGCAAAAGCAAAACAAUUUCCUGAAGAAGAAUUACACACCCCCUAACGACCACCUCCGCCUCCUCCCUCCCUCCCCGAGCCACAAGGAGGAUUACUCGGGGAGUUUUUGGACGGCUUGCAACAGAGUGGCCGAUGGUGCUCGAGUCAGUUAUGUGGUUCCGGACUUUGGCUCUUGUUUUGGCCGCAGCCUGCUUCGUCACUACCACGGCGGAGAUCUGUCCGAGCAAGGACAUCCGCAACAAUGUGACCAACCUGAACUCUCUGGCCAACUGCACAGUGAUCGAAGGCCACCUGAAGAUCAUCCUCAUGUUCGGUAGCAAGCCCGAGGACUUCCGCGGCCUGGCCUUCCCUAAAUUGACGGUGGUGACCGACUACCUGCUGCUGUUCCGCGUGUACGGUUUGGAGAGUCUCAGCGACCUAUUCCCCAACCUGACUGUGAUCCGCGGCAAAAACCUGUUCUUUAACUACGCCCUGGUGGUGUUCGAGAUGCUACAGCUGCGCGAGCUGGGGCUCCACAGCCUGAUGAACAUCACGCGGGGAGCAGUCAGGAUCGAGAAGAACCCGGACCUCUGCUACUUAUCGACGCUAGACUGGUCCAAGAUUCUGGACUCUGUGGAGGACAACUACAUUGUGGCCAACAAAAACGACAGGGAGUGCGGAGACGUGUGUCCCGGGGCGUCUGUAGGGAAGACUACUUGCCAGACCACCACCAUUAACGGACACUUCAGCGAGCGCUGCUGGACGCAGAAGCACUGCCAGAGAAUGUGUCCCGUCCACUGUAAACACCGUGCCUGCACCCGGGAUCAUCAGUGCUGCCACGAGCAGUGCCUCGGGGGCUGUCUGAAGCCCGGAUCGGCCACGCAUUGCGUGGCUUGCAAGGGUCUCCAGCACCAAAGUAGCUGCGUGGAGCGCUGCCCCGACGGUUACUACACCUUCAAAGGCUGGCGCUGCGUCUCCUUCGCCUUCUGCCAGGAACUCCACGACAGGUGCAAGCAUGAGAAGGAGCGCAGUAAGAGCCCCGAGUGCCAUGAGUAUGUCAUCCACAACGGCGCCUGCAUCCCAGAGUGUCCAUCCGGCUACACCACGGUUAACUCGUCCACGCUAAACUGCACACCAUGUGCCGGACUCUGCCCCAAGGUGUGCAUGGGUCUGAAAACGGUGGACUCGGUCACGGCGGCGCAGUCGUUGGCAGGCUGCACCAUUCUCAACGGCAGCCUGGUCAUCAACCUACGUGGAGGAAACAACAUAGCGGCAGAGUUGGAGGCAAACCUGGGCCAGCUGGAGGAGAUCACCGGCUAUCUGACUGUGCGGCGUUCCUACGCCCUGGUUUCCCUGUCUUUCUUCCGGAAGCUUCGCGUCAUCCGCGGGGAGGAGACUGAAAUCGGCAAUUACUCCUUCUACGCCCUGGACAACCAGAACCUACGGCAGCUCUGGGACUGGUCCAAGCAUAAGCUGAGCAUCCAGAAGGGACGCAUGUUCUUCCACUACAACUCCAAGCUGUGCAUCUCCGAGGUUCGCAAGAUGGAGGAGGUCACCGGCACCCGCGAUCGCAAGAACGAUAUCGCUUCCAAAACCAACGGCGACCAGGCCUCGUGUGAGAAUCACGUCCUGAAAUUCACGCAAAUCCGAACCAUGAGUGAUAAGAUUAUGGUCAAGUGGGAAGCCUUCUGGCCUCCAGACUUCAGAGACCUGCUAGGAUUCAUGGUGCUCUACAAGGAGGCGCCGUUUCAAAAUGUAACCGAGUUCGAUGGGCAGGACGCGUGCGGUUCAAACAGCUGGGUGAUCGCGGACGUGGACCCCCCGCCGCGCUUCAGCGAGGGCGACAGAGAACCCUCGGAGCCGGGCCACCUGAUCCGGCCUCUCAAGCCGUGGACGCAGUACGCCAUCAUGGUCAAGACGCAGCUGUCUGCCUCUGAUGAGCACCAGGUCAACGGGGCAAAGAGUGACAUCAUCUACGUGCGCACCAAUGCCACCAAACCAUCAGUGCCUUUGGACCCCAAUUCCUCAUCCAAUUCGUCCUCGCAGAUCAUACUGAAGUGGAAGCCGCCCAACGACCCCAACGGCAACAUUACACACUACCUGGUCUUCUGUCAGCGGCAGGCCGAGGCGAGCGAGCUGUACAAGUUUGAUUACUGCCAAAAGGGAAUGAAGCUGCCCUCACGGGUCCCCACUCAGGUGGACGGCGACGAGGAGCAAAAGUGGAACCAGACGGAAGAGCUGGGACCCGGCACGCGAUGUUGCGCCUGCCCCAAGACUGACAAAGAGCUCAAGAAGGAGAAGGAGGAGCUGGAGUACCGCAAGACAUUUGAGAACUACCUCCACAACGAAGUCUUUGAGAUGAAACGUUCGAGAAAUCGGCGCUCAGCCAUGGGUGUGGCCAACAAAACACGCCCGCACCCCACCACUGCCUCCGGUGGGGCGUUAACCACCGCCUUCCCUGAGGAGGAGGAGACGUUCGAGAGCACCAAGACGGUGGUCACCAUUCUGGCCAAGGAGUCCACCGUCAUCUCCAAUCUACGCCACUUCACCAGCUACCAAAUCGAAAUCCACGCUUGCAACCACCCGACCGAUGCGGCCCGCUGCAGCAUGGCCGCCUACGUCAGUGCCCGCACUAUGCCUGAAGACAAAGCCGACGACAUCACAGGCCCCAUCUCAUGUCAGGUGUCCGAUAUGAUGGCGCACAUCUCCUGGCAGGAGCCGUCCGCCCCCAACGGCAUGAUUAUCCUCUACGAGGUCAACUAUAAACGCAUCGGUGACAGCGAGGAGCUGCACCACUGCGUGUCGAGGAACAUGUACAAAACCUCACGUGGCUGCAAACUGCGGGUGAUGCAUUCCGGGAACUACACGGUCCGGAUCCGAGCCACAUCUCUUGCCGGGAACGGAUCGUGGACCGAGCCUACGUACUUUUACGUGGAAGACGCCAGAGAUCCUCUCAACAUCGCCAAGAUCGUGAUCGGGCCGGUCAUAUGUGUCCUGCUACUGUUUGUCGCUUUAGCUGGAUUUGCCAUGUUCAAGAAGAACCAAACGCAAGGUCCGAGCGGUCCCAUAUACGCCUCGUCCAACCCUGAGUACCUCAGCGCUAAUGACAUGUACGAGGAGGACGAGUGGGAGGUGGCCCGCGAUAAGAUCAAAAUCCUGCGGGAGUUGGGCCAGGGCUCCUUCGGCAUGGUGUACGAGGGAAUCGCCAAGGACAUCGUCAAGGGCGAGAGCGAGACGCGCGUGGCCGUCAAGACGGUCAACGAGUCGGCCAGCCUGCGAGAGAGGAUCGAGUUCCUCAACGAAGCCUCGGUCAUGAAGGCCUUCAGCUGCCAUCACGUGGUGCGUCUGCUGGGAGUGGUGUCUAAAGGACAGCCCACCCUGGUGGUGAUGGAACUGAUGACCCACGGGGACCUGAAGAGCUACCUGCGUUCCCUGCGCCCUGAGGCCGAGAACAACCCGGGCCGUCCGCCACCAACACUCAAGGAGAUGAUCCAGAUGGCGGCCGAGAUCGCCGACGGCAUGGCGUACCUCAAUGCCAAGAAGUUUGUGCACCGUGACCUUGCCGCCAGGAACUGCAUGGUGGCUGAAGAUUUUACAGUCAAAAUAGGAGAUUUCGGCAUGACCCGAGACAUCUACGAGACGGACUAUUACCGUAAAGGAGGAAAGGGCCUGCUGCCCGUCAGGUGGAUGGCGCCAGAGUCUCUGAAAGAUGGAGUGUUCACCGCAAACUCUGACUGCUGGUCAUUCGGCGUGGUGCUAUGGGAAAUCAGCACGCUGGCCGAGCAGCCUUACCAAGGCCUCUCCAAUGAGCAGGUGCUCAAAUUUGUCAUGGACGGGGGCUACCUCGACCGACCGGACAAUUGCGCAGACAGACUGCACAACCUGAUGCAGAUGUGCUGGCAGUACAACCCCAAGAUGCGUCCGUCCUUCCAGGAGAUCAUCGACAUGCUCCGCGACGACCUCAACCCGUCCUACCGCCAGCGCUCCUUCUUCUACAGCGACGAUAACAAGCCGCCCGAGAGCGCCGACGACCUGGACCUGGAUGUGGACAACAUGGAGAGCAUCCCCCUGGACCCCUCCUCCUACGGGCAACGGGACCUCCGCUGCUGCCCGGAACGGGACGGCGGCAGCGGCGGGAGUUACGAGGAGCACCACAUCCCCUUCGCGCACAUGAACGGCGGCAAGAGCAACGGACGCGUGCUUGCCCUGCCCCGUCACAGCCCCUGCUAACUGGACCUUACGCAAGCUAGUUUUUAGUCAUGAAUCACACUCUCACCAGAGAACCCUCAACUCAUAUCUCAGGAUUUUUACUUUUUGCCACAUAUACACACACUACAGUGCUUUUUAUACGCGGAUCCUCCUGCGUCUUACCUCUGUACAUAUAUAUAUAUAUAAUUAGAGAGAGAAAUAUGAAAUAUUGCCAAGUUUGUGGAUAAGAUUCAACUGUGAAACAAGGCUGCUAACUAACAAACACAAAAAAAAAAACAGGACAUAUGAGGAAGUGGAGACCCAUGAAAUAGGUUAAAAAGGGGUUCCCCACUCCUUUUUUGUAAAAACUUUAUCAACAGAGGAAGAGGAGCGACCCCCCCCCCCCCAAAAAAAAACUGCGAAAAGACGUUACCCACCAUCACGUUAAAAGGCUUCCUUCUUAGCAUUUUGUUCAAAUAAGAAAAUUGCAGCGGUGCCUUGAAGUACGAGUCGGCAAGCUUCGCAAUUUUUCAGUUUUUUUUAUUGACUUUGAAGCAAAAAUGUGAGAUGCGAGUGCAAUAUGGUGGCACCAAACUGCCAAAUGACAUAUUUAAGGGAAAGACAACACCUAGUGGAUAUGACCAUGUAAAUGACAGAUUUUCGAAGUAUUUAAGUACACAAAUUGUGAAUUUCUUACACCUUUGAUAAUGGAGAAAAAAAUGGGUAACAAUUUAUUUGACAGUGGGUUCAUAAGACCAUCAUAAUUAUGACAUGACACAACAUUAAUGAAUGCUUACGACAGAUGAAAUUAUGACACUUUUGAAUGGAUGUAAAAAGAUGCGGAAUGGACAUAAAUGGAGUUAGUGACCAAAUUUGCCGGAUGACAUUUGGAGGGGUGAAGUGUACACAAAUCAGCCAUGUGAUGUGUAGAACCCAGUAUUUGUGUGAAACCUUUGUGAGUAUGGAUAUGUUGGCAUCCAAUUCUAUGCUACCUGAGCGCUAAUCAUGACACUGAGUUUCUCUCCUUGAGUGUAUUUAAUUGAACCUAGUCAUGCAUGAAUCCCAUGAAAAAAAUGGGUAACACAUUAUUUGACAGUUGGUUCAUAAGACAGUCAUAAUUUUGACGUGACGCUGUCAUGAACAUUAAUGAAUGCUUACGACAGAUGAAAUUAUGACAUUUUUGAAUGCAUGUAAAAGAUGCAUACUGGACAUUAAUGGAGUUAGUGACCAAAUUUGCCAGCUGACGCUUAAUGACAUCUGUCAUAAGGAGAGGUGGGUAGCGUAGCCAAACAUUUUACUAAAGAGUAAUGUUACUUCUAAAUAAUAUUACUCAAGUGAAAGUAGUCAUCCAAAAAAAUUACUUAAGUACAAGUAAAAAAGUAACUGCUUACAAUGUCUGAUUUUUUUUUUUUUUUUUUUUUGGUCAGCACAACUCUUUAUGAACUGUUAUUAUACCGCAUAGUAAGUCCGUACUUAGUACUUACUUAUUACUACUUACUAGUUAGUUACUGGUUACUUUUCAUACCACUGUAAGUAAUAGUAAGUAUUUGAACCAAUUGGAAUUUCUCAAAUUUCUGCAUAAAAUCACCUUCAAAUGUGAUCUGAUCUUCGUCAAAAUCACACAGAUGAAAAAACAGUGCUUUAACUAAAACCACCCAAACAUUUAUAGGUUUUCAUAAUUAUCUGGUCUUUGCCUUUUUGGCAAAGCCAGAUAAUGUUAUUCUGCGACUUUAUUAUUAUCUAUUUAUUAAUCAACUUAUUCUCCGCGUUUCUCUGCGCGCCGCACAGCCCGUACCGCUGCACCGAUCGGCACCGUUCAGGUAUCGACAUGUCCGUAAUUUUUGUGUGAUUGUGGCUUUUUGUCAAACGGCCCCGAAAAAAUUUCCGUUUUCACGUAAACGCCAAUUUUCCGAUUUUUAAAAAAAAUUUCAAAAUGCUACUUGUCCUACAAUUUUUGACAUCAAAAAUUCCGGGGCGGUGAGGGGCAUAAAGAUUGUAUACAGAAUUUGGAAAAAAUUUACGGUUCCCCGGGAAUUUGCCAAAAACUUUCCCAUUCAUUUUUAAGGGGAAAUGUCCCAUUCACUUUCAAUGGGAUUUCCAAUAGAAUCUGCAUUGCAUUAUUGCCAUUGACGGCCAUGUAUGUCAAAUCUAUUGAUGCUAAUGGAUUUGAAUUCUAUCAACGCCUAUGUAACUCAAUGCCAUUGACGGCCAUGGACGUCCAAAAAUUUUCCCAUUUUCAAUGGAAAAAAACAAAAAAUUCCCCAAAUCAACAGGAAAUGACCAGAUAUCAAUAGGACGUGUCCACCAAACUUCCCCGAUUCCAUUGACGCUUUUGAAGGGUGCUGCCAUUGACGGCCAUAGACGUCCAAAUUUCCCAUUCAUUUCUAAUGGCAUUUACUUUGUUUAAAGCCAUUGACGGGCAUAUUUGUCCAUUCUAUUGAUAGCCCUGGGCGGGGGUAAGAUCUGUAUCUCCACACGGCAUAGACCAGAAGUAAUGUCUCCUGAAAUUGCAGUUUCUAGUUUAAUGAGGAUAGUAUGCGAACAAUGACAGAAGGGAAAAAAAUAAGUGAAAAUAUUUAAUAUUUUGUGGCCCCUCCAUUCGGAGCAAUAACUUCAAACAAAUGCUUCCUGCAGCUGCAGAUCAGUCUGGCAAAAUGAUCAGGACUAAUCGUGGCCCAUUCUUCUCUACAAAACUGCUGUAGUUCAGUCAGAUUCCUGGGAUGUCUGGCAUGAAUCUCUGUCUUGAGAUCAUACCACAGCAUCUCAAUGGGGUUCAAGUCUGGACUUUGACUUAGCCACUCCAGAACUUGUAUUUUGUUCUUCUGAAAUCAUUCUGAAGUUGAUUGACUUCUUUGUUUUGGAUCAUUGUGUUGUUGCAGCAUCCAUCCUCUUUUUAGCUUCAACUGUCUGACAGAGGCCGCAGGUUUUCCUGCAAAACAUCCUGAUAAACUUUUGAAUUCAUUCUUCCAUUAAUGAUUGCAAGUUGUCCAGGCCCUGAGGUAGCAAAACAGCCCGAAAUCAUGAUGCUUCACGGUGGGGAUGAGGUGUUGAUGUUGGUGAGCUGUUCCAUUUUUCCUCCACACAUGACGUUGUGUGUUACUCCCAAAGAAUGCAACUUUGGUUUCAUCAGUCCACAAAAUAUUUUGCCAAAACUUCUGUGGAGUGACCAAGUGCCUUUUUGUGAACAUUAAACGAGCAACAAUAUUUUUUUAAGAAAGCAGUGGCUUCCUCUGUGGAGUCCUCCCAUGAACACCAUUCUUGGCCAUAGUUUUACAUAUAGUUGAUGUGUGCACAUAGCUUUUGGACUGUGCCAGUGAAUUCUGUAAGUCUUUAGCAGACGCUCUAGGGUUCUUUUUUUACCUGUGAGUAUUCUGCGCUGAACUCUUGGGGUCAUUUUUGGUAGACGGCCACUCCUUGGGAGAGAACCAACAGUGCCAAAAUCUCCAUUUCUAGACUACUUCUCUGACUGUCGAUUGAUGAACAUCCAGACUUUUAGAGAUGGUUUUGUAUCCUUUCUCAGCUUGAUACAAAUCAACAAUCUUUGAUUGCAGGUCUUCAGACAGCUCUUGUGAGCGAGCCAUGAUGCACAUCAGACAAUGCUUCUCAUCAAGACAAUUCUUACCAGGUGUGUGUUUUAUAGUGGGCAGGGCAGCUUUAAACCACUCAUCUGUAAUUAGGCACACACCUGACUUUUAAAAUGGUAAAAAUUGGUUUCAAUUGCUCUUUUAGUCUCCUUAAGCUGAGGGUUCACUUAUUUUUCCCUCUUCUGUCAUUGUUUGCAUGCUAUCCUCAUUAAAAUAUGAAAACCUAUAAAUGUUUGGGUGGUUUUAGUUUUCUAGUUUUUAAUUUUUUUUUACAUCUGUGUGAUUUUGAAAAAAGAUCUGAUCACAUUUGAUGGUGAUUUUACGGCGAAAUAUGAGAAAAUCCAAAAGGUUCAGAUACUUUUUCAUACCACUGUACUAGUACUACUACUUCAUAGGUCAUAGCCCUGUGGUCCCCAACCUGCUAGCUUAUAGCCACAUACUCAAACUACUCUAAGAAUUGCAUUUUUCUCAAAAGUUAAUCAAAUAUAACUGCGCAAAUGUAACGCAUUACUACCCAGCGCUAGUCAUAAACAUUUAUUAAUGCUCAUGACAUUAUCGUGUCAUAAUUAUGACGGUCUUAUGAACCCACUGUCAAAGUGCUACCAAAAAUGUUUAAACAAAAAAAAAAAAAACGACACCGCUUACAAAAGCAGCUGUUAUGUGAUGUCAGUUGUUUCCAUGCACACUAAUUGACUCGAGAACUGGCGAAUAUUAGGAGUGUGACAAAAUAUCGAAAUGGUGAUAUAUUGUGAUACUUUGUAUCCCAAAAGGUUAUCGAUAUGCUCCUGCAUACACUGUUUAAAAAAAAAAAGAACCAACAAUUUGCAAUCCAAAGUCUUGAUAACACUUUAUUUGACAGUGGCGUCAAAAGACUGUCGGACUUAUCCCACUCGGAUUGAACCAGUUGCGACCUCAAAGUGUUCCAAGCUAAUGUGAACAGCAAACAUGCCUGAUUAUUUAUUUUGGCCAUCAAAAGACAUUUUGACCUCCAGCAAACCUGCCUUCUCGUCAGCGAUGGCCGAGCAUAUAUCCUCACGCAAAGCCAGUAAAAAUCAUAUUGUGUAGUAUCGUGAAGUUGUUUUGAAUAAAUUUAAUAAUAAUAUAUACAGUUAAAUAUAUUUUUAUUAGGGCUGUCAAACGAUUAAAAUUUUUAAUCGAGUUAAUCACAACUUAAAAAUUGUAAUUAAUCGCAAUUCAAACCAUCUAUAAAAUAUUUUUCUGUAAAUUAUUGUUGGAAUGGAAAGAUAAGACACAGGACGGAUAUAUACAUUCAACAUACUGUACAUAAGUACUGUAUUUGUUUAUUAUAACAGUAAAUCAACAAGAUGGCAUUAACAUUCUGUUAAAGUGAUCCAUGGAUAGAAAGACGUGUGGUUCUUAAAAGAUAAAUGUUAGUACAAGUUAUAGAAAUUUUGUAUUAAAACCCCGCUUAAUGUUAUCGUUUUAAUAUGUAAAAUUUUCAAUCAAAAAAUAAACUAGUAGCUCACGAUUGUUGAUGUCAAUAAAUGAAUGAAUGAAUGAAUGAAUUACACAAUGCUCAUUGUGUAUGAACCCAUAAAUUCAGUCGCACCAAAGCGCCAGCAGAGGGAGACAAAAAACACAAGUAACAAGUGCACAUGACACUGUGCUAUCAUUUUAAUCUGUUUGAGCAGGGCAUGUGCGUUAAUUGCGUCAAAUAUUUUAACGUGAUUAAUUUUAAAAAUUAAUUACCGCCCGUUAACGCGAUAAUUUUGACAGCCCUAAUUUUUAUAUAACAUUCAUUGAUAUGCUGCCAUCCCUCCCGCUUCAAACGAAUUGGACGUCUACUAAUGGCAAAUUCAAUUCAAUUCACUGUCACCCCUGCACUUCUAUCAGAUAAUGCUCAGAUUUUCCCAGAAAAUGAUUGCAAUUACAAAUACUUUGGUUGUAAUAUCUUCAUUUAUUUUGCUUGAAAUGAAAGAACACAGAAUGAAAAAAAAAAAUCAUUAUCAUUUUACACAAAACUCCAAAAAUGGGCUGAACAAAAAAAGUAUUGGCACCUUCAGCCUAAUACUUGGUAGCACAACCUUUAGAUAAAAUAACUGCGAACGACCGCUUCCGGUAUCCAUCAAUGAGAUUCUUACAAUGCUCUGCUGGAAUUUUAGACUAUUCUUCUUUGGGCAACUGCUCCAGGUCUCUGAGAUUCGAAGGGUGCCUUCUCCAAACUGCCAUUUUCAGAUCUCUCCACAGGUGUUCUAUGAGAUUCAGGUCUGGAAUCAUCGCUGGCCACUUAAGAAGUCUCCAGUUCUUUCUCUCUAACCAUUUUCUACUGCUUUUUGAAGUGUGUUUUGGGUCACUGUCCUGCUGGAAGACCCAUGACCUCUGAGGGAGACCCAGCUUUCUCACACUGGUCCCUACAUUAUGCUGCAAAAUUUGUUGGUAGUCUUCAGACUUCAUAAUGCCAUGCACACGGUCAAGCAGUCCAGUGUCAGAGGAAUCAAAGCAACCCCAAAACAUCAGAGAACCUCCGUCAUAUUUGACUGUGGGGACAGUGUUCUUUUCUUUGAAGGCCUUGUUUUUUUCCCUGUAAACUCUGUUGUUGCCUUUUCCCAAAAAGCUCUACAUUUGUCUCAUCUGACCAGAGAACAUUCUUCCAAAACGUUUUUGGCUUUCUCAGGUAAGUUUUGGCAAACUCCAGCCUGGCUUUUUUAAGUCUCUGGGUCAGAAGUGGGGUCUUCCUGGGUAUCCUACCAGAGAGUCCCUUUUCAUUCAGAUGCCGGCGGAUGGUACGGGUUGACACUGUUGUACCUUUGGACUGCGUAACGGCUUGAGCUUGAUAGUCGAGGUUCUUUAUCCACCAUCCGCACACUCUCUCGUGAAUUUUUCUUUUCCGUUUACAUCUAGGGAGGUUAGCCACAGUGCUAUGGGCUUUACCCUUAUUAAAGACACUGCGCACGGUAGACACAGGAACAUUCAGGUCUUUGGAGAUGGACUUGUAGCCUUGAGAUUGCCCAUGCUUCCUCACAAUUUUGCUUCUCAAGUCCUCAGAUAGUUCUUUGGUCUUCCUUCUUUUCUCCAUGCUCAAUGUGGUACACACAAAUGGCAAAUGGUAUUAUACUUGUAUAGCGCUUUUCCACCUUUCAAGGCCCUCAAAGCGCUUUACACUAUCUCGCCAUCAACCUACUGGACAUAGGACAGAGGUUGAGUCAACUUUGAUCCAUUCUAACUGGCUGCAAGUGUGAUUUAGUUAUUGCCACCACCUAUUAUGUGCCAUAGGUAAAUAACAGGUGCUGUUAAUUACGCAAAUUGGAGGAGCAUCACAUGAUUUUUCAAAGGGUGCCAAACACUUGUCUGGCCCAUUUUUGGAGUUUUGUGUAAAAUGACAAUUAUUUGAUUUUUUUUUUUUCAUUCUCGUUUGUGUUUUUUAAUUGCAAGCAAAAUGAAUGAAGACAUUACUACAAAAGCAUUUGUAAUUGCUAUCAUUUUCUGGGAGAAAUUGAGUAUUAUCUGACCGAAUUGGCCAGCACUGUACAUGUAUAAUAAAAUAUUGUAGCACUAUUUCCUGACCUGUGUAUCGAUAAUUGUUGUAUUGCCAUAUUGUGAGAUGAUCUUAGGUAUUCAUGACGUCAAGAGGAAUCUGGGAUACUCGCGUGUGAUUGGCUAAAAUAAUACCAGCACUGAUAAAAUGGCUGCCUUCAUAUCAGAUGGCCACUUCCUGGAUAUACUACCUUUUAUUUACAUUUUUCCUUUAUUAUUACACACCAGAAAAAUGAAAGUUUUUUUUUUACUCAGAUUUUUGGGUGUUGUCUUUGCCUUUUAACUUGUAUCUCAAGGCACCACUGUAUCGUUAGUAUACAGAUCACCAACGUUUCAGGGGAACAGGGGUUCCCAACUCCGGCAUCCAAACCUUCAUUUUCUGAAGUUGGGGGGGCGGGGGGAAAUUGUGACCUUCUUAAGACUCUUGAAGAAACUGUGCUUUAAAGAGCUUGUUGAGAAAGUUUUGUUGUUUAAACUCCAGGCGCUCUGCAGUAUUCCAAAUGAAAAUGGCACAAAAGGACAAUCUCACUUUUCGUCGUUGGGUUUUAUUUAUUAGUUUCUGUUCCACAUCUACAGCUGAAGGAUAUUUUCAAAAGCACGUGUCGACCAAUAAGCUGCUUCUUUUUAGUUAGGUGUUCAAAAGACAGACCCUACAUAUAUACCCAGCUAUUUUUUUUUUAAUGUACCGUGUAUAUAUACGGGAUAUGAAUGAUUGUUUUUUUUUUUUUUUUUUUUUUUUGUAAAUAGCUCAUGUUGUCGCUCUCGGAACUGUUUUUACAUGUUUUUUUUUUUCUUUUUCUUUUCCCCAAUCCAAACUUGUGAACUCGUGAUCAACCAACAGCACUUGGUCUUUAUUUUGCUUGGCAGGGGAAGGAGAGUGUUUUGUUUUGCAUCAUCGUCAUCCAUAAUGAGAUCAAAUAAAAUGUAAAUAAUGCAGUAAGGUGCAUCCUGCAAGAGAGCCUCCA